CAUAACCAAAAAGAGUUGAGGUUACUCUGAGAAGGUGAAGUUAAAAGUUUCAGUGGAAUAACAGAGACCGACUAAGUAAACUUGUCAGAGCAAACUAAAAGUGGAUAUCAAAACGAAUCAAGAGAUCAAGACAACUGCUAUAUGGAUAUUCUUUAAGACAGGUUUGUUUUUCUGAACUACACAGAGGUCAAGGUUUACAUCUUCAGUGAAGACAUUCACAAAUAAAUGCAGGGAUAAUUCCUGUUAUUCUACAGGUGAAAGGGCCACCUCAUCCAAAUGUAAGAGCUGAAGGAACUGGAGGAAACAUCAUCAGUGUCGGGAAAUAUCUUCUGGUUGUUUCUGUCCAAAAAGAAAGCAAAGAACAGACGCCAGCAAAUCUUUUAUUUGCCCUCACUGUGGAAAAGGAUUUGAGAGAAAAAGACACCUUGUGGAACAUAUGGAAACUCAUUCUGAGGAGCAGCUAUACACAUGUACUCAGUGUGGGAAGAAUCUCAAAAACAAAUAUACACUUACAAAUCACAUGACAGUUCACACUAGAGAGCGGCCGUACACAUGUGCUCAGUGUGGAAAAAGUUUCAAACUAAAAAAUGGCCUUGAUACCCACAUGAGAAUUCACACUGGAGAGCGCCCAUACUCAUGUCUUCAGUGUGGAAAUAGUUUCAGAAAAAAAGAAAAACUUACAGAUCACAUGAGAAUUCACACUGGAGAGCUCCCAUACCCAUGUCUUCAGUGUGGAAAGAGUUUCAGAAAGAAAUAUAAACUUACAGACCACAUGAGAGUUCACGCUGGAGAGCGCCCACACAUGUGUCUUCAGUGUGGAAAGUGUUUCAGUCAAAAAACUCACCUUGAUGGCCACAUAAAUAUUCACACUGGAGAGCGUCCAUACCCAUGCCCUCAGUGUAAAAAGAGUUUCCUGACAAAAGCAUGUCUUAAGAGCCACAUGAGAGUUCAUACUGGAGAGCGCCCAUACAUGUGUUUUCAGUGUGGAAAGACUUUCACUGAAAAUAAAAUCCUUAAUAACCACACGAGAAUUCACACUGGAGAGCGACCAUACUCAUGUCCUCAGUGUGGAAAGAGUUUUACUCAAAAAUAUCAUCUUCGUGUCCACAUGAGAAUUCACACUGGAGAGCGGCCAUACACAUGUACUCAGUGUGGAAAGAGUUUCACUCAACAAAGUAGUCUUGGUGCCCACAUGAGAGUUCACACUGGAGAGCAACAACAACCAUGUCCUCAAGGUGGUCGCACACUGGACGCGCAGCUCAGCGCUGCGUCGAGUCGUGUCUAGGACAACUCGGAGGUAUCGUACACCGGAAGUGCACAUUAAAUAGCGCAAGCUUAGUCAGAUAGUGUCUACUUAAAAAUGCAAAACAUACGUUAGCAGCCAAUGUUAAUCGCUAACUAUUUGGGACAAAUAUGAUGUUAUUUAAUGUUAGGCAGCGCCUGUGUAUGUACACUCAUAGAAAACAAUGUGUUCUGUGCGUCCGGUGUGCAACCCCCUUCAGUGUGAAAUGAGUUUCAUGAUCAAAGCAAGACUUACGAGGCACAUGAGAAUUUACAAUGAAAAAUGCCCAUUCAGAAUUCUUUUGCACACUGAUAUGUUCCUGUUAUUCAGGUGAAGGAGUCACUUCAUCUUCAAAUUGAAAAAUAACAUAAGGUCUGAAAGCAAUCAUUAAAGAGAUGAGUUAUACUAUAUGGAAUAAAGUGAUGUAAGAAAAAUACCACGAGGAUGUUAAAGAUUUCAAUGAAGAAUUACCUUGCUCAUUUUUUUCAUAUUAAGAGUAGACAGGAACUGGAAUCCAAUUUCUGAAUAUGUUUCAAGGUCACAUGUGUAAAUAUUGUCAAGAGAAAACCAACUUGAUUAAAAAAAAAUCAUUUAAUUAACACAGAUUAGGCUACAGGAUUGUUAGUGUCUGAUCCUGAGGUGGAUCAAAGCAGCAUACCAGAUGUUGUAAAUAUUAUAAGAUGCAAGAUAAAGAUUGUCAGACUUAUGCCAAAUGGCACAUUCACCUCCGAGACAAUCACACGCAGUGUGGAAACAGAAGAAUCACACCUCACCAAUGAUUACUCACAUCUGUUCACUCCUCUCCCUCAGCUCAAAGCACCCUAAAGCUCACCCAUAAUCUGUUUAUAAGAAAUACUACAUUCCUGUUGUGACCUUCAGUCAUUUGUUUUAUUUUCUGUGCUUGCCUUUUGUGUCUUCUCUCUAUACUUGUUUUCAGGAAUGCGGUUUCUGGAGCUAAUAUGAUGGAGGCUCCAAUUGGUUCUUAUCUCCAACUGUCCCAGAUAAAAAAGGACUGCCCGGAUCACUGAUCGAGGCCUUCGUGCUUACUUUAUUGAUCAUUUGUGUAUUUACAUGGGUAUUAAUCUAAUUUGUCGUCGUUUAUUGAUUGUCGUAUCAGAAAUAUUGUUAGUUAUGUUCAGAGUGUGCCUGUAAUUUUUUUUCUGUUCUGCUUUGUUUAUGCUUGACCCAUGCAUAGUGAUGGGAGAAAUGAAGCUUUUCGAAGCUUUGAAUAAAUUGAACCAAUAGACCCCUUCAAGGUUUGUAAACAUUGACUGACUAUUGCUUGCUGCCACAGAUGUUGUAAUUUUUAUGUUUUUGAGAUUCUGCAGGAAUCCCGAAAAACUUAACGGCAGACCUGGUGCGAUUUUCACAGCCCACGACGCAAGUAGGCAUUUUUGACGAUACCGAAUAAUACGCAACUCAACCUGCUGUAAUGACUUUUCUGACCCCGACAUGCGCAAUGGGAACCGCCUGUGACGUGAACUGUGAAGGGGUCUAUUGCUUCGCAAGUUGAAUAAUGUUUUUUAAAGGGGUCAUAGUAUGAAAAUGUUAGCAUUGCCACUUUGUAGGUUUGAGCAAAAAUGUGUCGUUUUGGGUGUGUCUUUAAAAAUGCAAAUGAGCUGAUGAAGUGCAAACACUGACCACAUUGAUGGUGGUUUGAUGCAAUUCAAACUCAGUUGUGCUGUGAAUUAUUUUUUCUCUCUUUCUUUCUCUCUGCACUAAAUGACAGCACUGUGGUUGGAUAGUGUACAUUAAGGGGGCGGUAUUAUUCUAAUAAGAUAUCCUUAUGACAUCAUAAUGAAAGCCAAAUUUCAAUGACCUAUUUUUGCUCACACCUGGCAAAGCUAACAUAUUCACGCCAUGGCCCCUUUAAGUGUUCGAAACACCACACAAGCUGGCGACACCUGCUGGUCAGAAUCGUGUAAAAGCAACAUGAUCUGUCCCAACAUUUACCCUUUUUACAAAAUAAUAAAAAGAUUUUUUUUCUAAAAAUAUGUAUUUAAGAAAAAUAAAUUACUUAAUUUAGUUAAGCCAUGAUUGAGUGUAUUCUGUGUUUUUAAUUUUAUUUGGGCGAUCAUUAAACAAUCAUUAAAACUAACUCCGCUUUUUAUUAUGCACAUUUUUGUUAUUAAAUCUGUUUAUAA